AUGCGACAUGUCGAUGUGUUACAGAGUUUGAUGGUUCGACUUGUGGAUCCCGAGGAGGAAGAGCACGACUGGUUGUUGAUUUCAUCUCUUUUUUAUUCUCUCACCAAACUAAUGCUCCCGGCGACACGUGUGAAGGAGUUGUAUUAUCAUUACCUUCAGGUGCAUGGGAGCCGUCCCGCAAUGGAAGCCGCCUGCAAGGACUUUAGUAAUAAACUCUCAGAAAAGCUGCGGCAGCGCAUUGAAAGCACCACCACCACCACAACAGCAACAACAUUAGCAGGCAUUCAUCGGAGUUCCGUUUCCGGAACAUCAGCGGCUGUGGGAGUGUUGGAUGUGACGAAAGUGUCAGCGGGUGCAGCAGGCGGGGAACCGGGGAUUCCUGUUGGUGUUUUGAGUGGUUCACCAACUGUCGCAACAUCGGUAUGGGAUGAAAGUGGAUUCUGCGGCCGGGAGGCGGCAUUUCGUAAACUCACUUCUGAGCAGAAGGCGCGCUGGCACAAUUUGCGGCGGGAACUUAUAAGCCCAGAUAUUCUCAUUGAUCUCGUACAACAAUUCACCCUUGUGGAUGGCGCCGCCGUGUUUUUAGCCCCGGUUGUUCCUUCAACCGUGAUGGAGUUUAAUGGCGUCCGUUCCGGGCCGUAUGUUACGGUAAUUCAUCAGCCACUCUCGCUGAUGUGCGUCAAGAGGCGUGUGUUAGCGGCCCGUCGUGAUUAUGAAUUGCACAAACAUCAGUCAGGUGCUUACUUGCCUACGGGGCAAAAUAAUGUAGGCGUUGGAUCGCGGAAGCGUGAGCGAGGAAAUGGCGGUGUGACAUCGAGAGCAUCUGCGGUUUCUCAGCCACCACAUUUUUCGAUUGCAACGAAUAGUGGAGAGAAGGGCAAUGUGAUUAGGACACUACAGGAACUGGAGCAGGCAGUUUGGCACAUUACCGCAAAUUGUGUUAUGUUUAAUGCCCCAGAGUCAUAUUAUCCAUACGUUGCGCGUAAGUUUGCAUUAGCUUGUGUUGCUAUCAUUGACGACUAUUGCACGCAGCGUAUUGCAGGUGUUUAG